GGAGCGCGCGUGUGGGGUGAAAUCACGCGUGCGUUGAUCCGCGCUGCAGUAACGUGCCUCGGCUCCCUCUUGCAAGCCCCGCAGCCUUCUUCUCAAUCUGCAUUCACGCCGAGGCUGCUUUUCACAUGCCAUUAGGUGUGUAAUUCUAAAACGCAACAUAGGGAGGCAGUUUUCAUUCUUAUUUAUUUGCAUACGGGUUCUGUGCUCGCUUUAUUAUUUUUUUUUUUUGUUUGUUUGUUUUAAAUCAUCUUUUUGAUUGUUUUGGACGAUCUCGAGCCUGGCUGCGUUCCUCGCGUUGGAAAUAAAAAAGAGGGGGGAAAAGCUGGGUGAUGCAUCGUGGGCUGGGAAACCACUAAACAAGACGGGCAUCUGCACCAGGCGCGGAGACGAAAAGAUGGUGAGGAUGACGAUGGCGGCGGCUUCACCACAUUUCGCCUCCGAGUGCUCGACGGCCAUGGCGAAGCCUUCUUCCCUCGCGCGCAAGCUCUUCUUAUGGCUCUUCAUUGCAAUCAACCUCCCCACCAGCUCCUUCCAGACCGACGACGACGACGAGGUGUCCAACAAGACAUGGGUCCUGACCCCAAAGGUGUACGAGAGUGACGUCACACACAUCCUCAAUGGCCUACUAGACGGAUACGAUAACAAACUCAGGCCCGACAUCGGAGUUAAACCGACAGUGAUCCACACAGACAUGUUCGUCAACAGCAUCGGUCCAGUGAAUGCCAUCAAUAUGGAAUACACCAUCGACAUCUUUUUCGCCCAGACCUGGUAUGACAGAAGGCUAAAGUUCAACAGCACGAUGAAGGUUCUGCGUCUCAACAGCAACAUGGUUGGGAAGAUCUGGAUUCCCGAUACGUUUUUUCGCAACUCGAAGAAGGCCGACGCCCACUGGAUCACAACACCCAAUCGCAUGCUUCGGAUCUGGAAUGACGGGCGAAUCCUCUAUACGCUCAGGUUGACCAUCGAUGCCGAAUGCCAGCUGAAACUGAACAAUUUCCCAAUGGACGAGCACUCGUGCCCCCUGGAGUUUUCAAGCUACGGCUACCCCAAGGAGGAGAUUGUGUACAAGUGGAAGAGGAGCUCAGUUGAAGUUGGAGACAUCCGCUCUUGGAGACUUUACCAGUUCUCCUUUGUGGGCCUGAGGAACACCUCAGAAAUUGUCAGGACCGUCUCAGGCGACUACGUGGUGCUGACGGUCUUCUUCGAUCUGAGCAGGAGGAUGGGCUACUUCACCAUCCAAACCUACAUCCCGUGCACGCUCAUUGUCGUCCUCUCUUGGGUCUCAUUCUGGAUCAACAAGGAUGCGGUGCCGGCCAGGACGUCAUUAGGCAUCACCACCGUGCUGACCAUGACCACGUUGAGUACCAUAGCCAGGAAGUCUCUCCCGAAAGUCUCCUACGUGACAGCCAUGGACCUGUUUGUCUCCGUCUGCUUCAUCUUCGUCUUUGCCGCGCUAAUAGAGUAUGGCACGUUGCACUACUUUGUCAGCAAUCGGAAGCCAAGCGCCAAAAAGGACAAGAAGAAGAAAAACCCGCUCCUCCGGCUCUUUUCCUCCAAGCAGACGCCCACGGUGGACAUCCGCCCGCGCUCGGCCACGGCCAUCCAGAUGAACAACGCCACGCACAUGCAGGAGCGCGACGAGGAGUACGGCUACGAGUGUCUGGACGGGAAGGACUGCGCCAGCUUCUUCUGCUGUUUCGAGGACUGUCGCUCGGGGGCGUGGCGGCACGGCCGCUUGCACAUCCGCAUCGCCAAGAUUGACUCGUACGCGCGCAUCUUCUUCCCCACGGCGUUCGGUCUCUUCAACCUGGUCUACUGGGUCUCCUAUCUCUAUCUUUAAGAGCGCUCGUCCGGCCUCAUCACCGCGCUCUUGACGCUGUGUGGGACAUUUCUUCAAAGAGAGAGAUCGGUUUUGGAGCGGCACACGGCGCAAAUCCUGUAGCAUUACAUUAAGCGGUAUGAUAAGAUCGAUCAACGCCGAUUUGAAGUAUUCCUGUGCGUGAUAAGCUUCUGUUCACUGUGCCAACGCCUCUCAUUUGGUUUGUUUUUCGUUUGUUGGUUUUGUUUUUCGUGGACCGAUGGAAAUGAAAGUGGUGAAAUGGAAGGAAUCACUGUGCUGCAAAGUGUCAAGCAUUUUAAAAGUGUCACAAUUAGGGAUGGGCAUUUGGUGACGCUUCAAAUUCAAAUCCACCUAUUUCUUCACCACCAAUUCCUCAAUUACGAGGCCCAUCUCUAAUUGAAACAGGUUUUAAUUUGGCCAACGUGACAAAAAAACGCAACAAAUCGUGUACCAUUUUUUAUGUGUGCAGUCAAAGCGACAGUGGCGACGUUGUUUAUGGACAACUGUACAAAUACUGUAAAUAUUUUACUACUGCAUAGUGUGUUUAUAUUUAUUGCAUGCACCUUUCAAGGCCAGGAAGAAAAAAUACACGCAUUUCUUUUUUCGGGUAUUGCUGGGUAUCAUUUAGGGGUUGAAAAAAAAUCGGAAUAUCUUUACAUUCAGGUGGAAAGGUUAGCUCCACGUUUGUUUCUUGUUGUUUUUUUUCCCUCACAGCUUUCAACAAAAGCAACAUUUACCGUUAAAAGCCAACAUUUGCAUAAUGCGUUCUCUGUAUGCAAGAAGAGACACAAGCAAAAGUACUUUUGUCUCUGUGCGCUUGCCCUUCACUGCUUGGGAAAAAAAAAAAAAACGCACCAUCACAAAGAUGACCUCGUAACUCAUCAACAUUCCAAAGCGGAUGUCAGUGCAGAUACCGGUGGAUCGUUUUUGGAGCUCACUUCGAAGAUGACACAAAACACAAAGCUGUGAAAGCCUUAUUGCGGAGCCUCUCACUUCGUGCUUGUUGGGGCCGAAAAAAAUCCCAAAUGUUUUGUUCCUCCGAUCCGUUUGCUUUGAAUGGCGUGGUGCUGAGAGAAGACGCAAAUGAAAGUGUUGUAAAUGUUGUGUAUCAUGUCGUGUAAUAUAUAAACGCACUGAAGAAAUGGGGAAGGUGGGGGGGUGGCGUGUUUUUGAUAGAUCAGGGCAAUAACACUCGUCAGCAAUUUUUUUUAUCGGAGAUGCCUGUAAACUUUUAGAUGUUUGUUUUUUUUGGGGGGGGGCAGUGACAAAUUUAACGCUUCCCGUAGUUUUUCUCUAGCACGUCAGGUUUUCAUAAUAAUAAAAUGGUUAAUACAGUAAUACAUUUAGGAAUAUUUGCAAAUAGGAGGAAUUCCUUUCUAGCUUUAAAUUUGUUUUGGCUCAAAACUUAAAAACAAAAAAAAUUACAAUAUUGCAAAAAAAAAAAAAAGGGGGAGAUGUGCGAGAACAUACUGUAUGUAAAAGCAUUUUUAAUACAACGUCAAAAAUAGGGACACAAAGGCAUCUCUGAUUAAAAUUUUCUGUUGACCAGUGUCAUGGCACAAAAACUCAUCUGUAAAUGCCGUUCCGAUGUAUAUAAAUGAUGAAAAGAAGAAGACCCUUUGGAUUUUCUAGAAGAAAAAAAAACACAAAGAAAAAGAAAUGAAAAGGGUCUAUAUAAAAUAUAUAUUUUGUAAUUUCAGCUUGCCACAUUAUAUAAAAUGACAGUAUAGUAGACUUAUUUAAUGGCAUAGAAUAAUCCAACGGUGGGGGUAUUUAUUUAUCUAUUUAUUGUAUUUAUUUCAUGGAAAUAAAUUGUACUUAUGUUCA